AUGGCCAAAUGUAGCGCCAUAAUUCAAAAUAAAUUGCCUCCCAAACUUAAAGACCCUGGAAUUUUUUCUAUUCCUUGUGUUAUUGGUGAUAUUAGUUUUGAACAUGCUUUGUGUGAUCUUGGGGCUAGUGUAAGCCUUAUCCCUUUGUCAGUUUGUAAGAAGCUUGAUGUGGGUGAGUCAAAGCCCACAAACAUUUCCUUACAGCUAGCUGAUCAAUCUAUCAAGUGUUCGGUGGGAAUAUUAGAGGAUGUUCCUAUCAAAGUAGGGCAAUUGUUUAUACUGACUAAUUUUGUGGUGUUGGAAAUGGAAGAGGACUCCCAAGUCCCAACUCUUCAUGGGAGACCUUUUCUAGCCACAGCAGGAGCUGUUAUUGAUGUGAAACAUGGGAAGCUUGUCUUCAAUGUGGGUGAUGAAAAGAUUGAAUUUAAUUUGUCUAACCUUAUGAAAAGUCCUUCUCUUGAAAAUUCUUGUUGCAGGGUCGAUUUAAUUGAUCAUUGUGUUAAGCAGUGUUCUUUAGGACCACUCUAA